AUGUUCCAAUCUCCUGGUGCGCGGAAAAGGUCCAGACCGGCGGAAGCCGGUGUUUCCAAGUGCAAAGAGGUGAAGUUCGAGGAUGUCAGAGUUUUCCUGGUGGAGAGGAAAAUGGGCCGCAGCAGGAGGAGCUUUCUGACCCAGCUGGCCACGUCCAAGGGCUUCAUCGUGGAAAACGUCCUCAGCGACAAGGUCACCCAUGUGGUGUCAGAGGACAGCCAGGCUGCAUCGCUGUGGAAGUGGCUGAGGGAGUGCGCCCCCACCAAUCCACCCGGGGUGCAUGUGCUGGACAUCAGCUGGUUCACUGACAGCAUGAGAGAAGGGAAACCUGUUGCUGUGGAGACCAGACACCUCAUUCAGGACGCCACGGCCACAGCACCAGAAGGUUCUAAACCCACUCCCAUGGCCAACGUUUCUCAAUAUGCCUGCCAGAGACGGACCACUACAGAAAACAGUAACAAGGAAAUUACAGAUGCUUUUGAAGUGCUGGCGGAAAACUAUGAAUUCAACGAGAUGAACGGUCCGUGUUUGGCCUUCAGGAGAGCUGCGUCUGUGCUAAAGAGUCUGCCCUUGGCAAUCCGGAGCUUGAGGGAAGCUCAAGACCUGCCCUGCCUGGGAGAACACGCUAAGGCCGUCAUGGAGGAGGUCCUGCAAUGCGGCCGCUCGUUUGAAGUGGAGAAGCUCCGCUCUGAUGAAAGGUAUCAAACACUUAAGCUGUUCACAAGUGUGUUUGGGGUUGGACCCAAGACGGCUGACAAGUGGUACCGCAGAGGGCUGCGCUCAUUCAGCGACAUUCUGGCAGACCGGAGCAUUCAUUUCAACCGGAUGCAGCAAAAUGGUUUUCUACAUUAUGGAGACAUAUCCAGAGUUGUCAGUAAAGCAGAGGCCCGGUCCCUGAGGAACAUUAUCGACGGAGCUGCCCGUGCCGUCACACCGGCUGCCAAAGUAGCGCUGACAGGUGGAUUCUGCAGGGAGAAGGAGUUUGGUCAUGAUGUAGACUUCAUCGUGACCACACCUGAGCUGGGGAGGGAGGAGAGUCUGCUACCCAAAAUUAUUGAUGGACUGAAAAAGCAAGGCAUUCUGCUGUACUGUGACUACCACCCGUCCACCUUUGAUAUGACCAAGCUCCCCAGCCCAAAUUUUGAGGCCAUGGACCACUACGCAAAGUGCUUCCUGAUCCUGAGGCUGGAGGGCAGCCGAGUAGAGGGUGGUCUCCAUGUAGCUGAGGGGGACAGCAGGGGCUGGAGGGCAGUGCGCGUGGACCUGGUGUCGCCGCCUGUGGAUCGCUUUGCCUUUGCUCUCCUGGGCUGGACCGGCUCCAGGCAGUUUGAAAGAGACCUGAGGAGGUUUGCACGAGUAAAGCGGGGGAUGCUUCUGGACAACCACGCCCUGUACGACAAAACCAAGAAAGAGUUCCUGGCAGCCACGACUGAAAAGGACAUCUUUGCGCAUCUGGGUCUGGAGUACAUUGAGCCCUGGCAGAGGAAUGCGUAGGCCUCCGCUCCUCCCAGGCUGCCAUGCAUCAGUGUUUAUCCCAUCUGCUCGCCAUUCUGCAGCUGUCCCGUGAUUCAUUCGUCAUAAAAGGCUCUUGAUUUGGUGCUGUUGUCACUGCUAUUGCGCUUGUUGUCGCCUGGACUCUCGCGGCGAUUCAUACUUCCGCUUGUUUUUCGCUGUUGCCUGUUAGCGAGCACACACUCGGCCCGUGCCAUUCAUGGAUCGCUUGUCUCUAAGUGUCGUAAUCAUCCGAAGCAUACAAAGACAAAUCAGGCGGCGUGGGAUUCGCCAGAGGUGCACGAGAGAGAGAGAGAAAGAGCCUGAA